UCCUUUUCUUUCUUUUUCUUUUGUCUUUCUCUGAUCUCACAUCCUCCAAGCAGCAACAUAACACACUUCUAUGCCAUCUGGCACCACCAAGAAAGUCGUCAAGAAACCACCAGGUCAACAAGAGGAGAAUCUCUCACCCACCAAUCACCAACACCCAUCAUAACUCCUCCUCCUCCUCCUCCUUCUUCUUCUUCUUCUUCCCCCCAAAAACCAACUACAAGUCCCCUUCGAAAUGGAUCCCCAAAAGACAAGCAAGAAGGCCCAAGAAACCAUGGGCGAAGCUACCGAGCAAGCCUCCAGCACAGCCUCGGGCAUGACCGACACGCUCGCGGGCGCCGCCAAGCCCGUCACCUCGACGCUCGGCAACACGCUCGGCGGCGUGGCCAACACGGUCGGCGGCACCGUGGGCGCGGCGACCCGGGGUCUGGGGGAGACGGUCAGUAGCGCGGUUCCCGGCGGGAUCGGAAAGCCCGUGGGGGAUGUGGUGUCGAAUAUCGGGAGUGGAGUGGAGAGGGGCGCGAAGGAGGUGGGCAAGGGAGUGAAGGAUGCCGGGGAGUUGAAGGGGAGUGAGCAGCAGCAGCAGCAGUAGGAAAGAAAGAAAGAAAGAAAGAAAGAUGGUGUGAAAGGAGGAUUUAGUUGUGAGUGGAAAGGCCAUGAAGAGAAGUGAGAAAAAGAAAAAUCGGAAAUUGACAGAAAAGAAGGAGACGAAAAGCGUGGAAGGCAUUGUUCAGUGGUUUGUUUUGGGGUGUAUGAUGUGGUGUUUCUGUGAGGUUGAGGUAUCGGUUUUUCAUGGAAAAGGAAGGGUACAUGUGGCAUUGAAGGGAAGAUUUAAGUCAUUGAUUUUGCUUCACAACUGUUCAAAUUCAUAUUUCUUCUGUUUACA